UGUUAUUGAAGAAAACUUUUCGGUAGCCUAAACUGUGUUCAGGUUAUUGGCCAAAGAGAGUUAAGCUCUUUGACGCCGCGUUACAUUUUAUUGAAAUUACUAGCACGUGCUUAUUAUACGUAAAUAAGUUGUUGUUGUUACUAUUAUUGUUUGGAAAUGCCCGAUUUGAAGGAAUCCUGCCCUCGUGUGCUCGACUUCCGGAUAGGACUCCAGUCCGGCUCUGGACCUCUAAUCAGUUGAUUUUAAAAUAAAAGUCCCUCGGUUAAACACACUCUUUUUUUAUCAAAUGCACAGACUUUCUAAGACACUCAUUUAAAGUUAUUAAAAAAAUGAUUUUUAUAAGUAAAUUGUUUUCUACACAUUUUAUUCCUUCAUUUUUAUUUUAGAAAUGUUUCCCAUGUAUUCCAAAAGAAGAGGUUUCUGAGAGAGUACAGACUUGUGGGAAGAUGGACUUGGCUCUCUACCUGUUACCCUACCUGUGUUUAAGUCAAUCAUUAAUAAGUGAGCUCAGAAAGGUACCCUUUAGGCAAUAGGAAGCCACCUUGGUAUAGAUUUGUCAAAAGCUAUUUAUGCAUAAAUGCCUAUUAAUCCAGCCAACUGUGGUUUGCAACUGAACUGAUAACAGAUAGGUGGAUAUUCACAAAGAUAUUCGUGGAUGUUCAAGGCUCAGAAAUUCUUGUGUUUCGUGUGUUUUUCUGAUUUCACCAAACAAUGGGGAAAGCGGACAACUGUACAUUAAUGGGAGGUGGGAUUCCUCUGUCAUCUGAGUUCUUUAAAGUGAUCAAGAAUGAUCUUUGGCUAUUCCUCCUUCCUGCUGUGUUUGCUGUGCUGCUUCUUGCUCUCUUCAUGGAGGAGAUCGGUUUCUUUCUGCGUUAUGUCCCCUCUCAGCGGCGUAGACGUCUCAGCCUUUGGAUCCUAGGAAUAUACCCAGUCUUUGGGAUGACAUCUAUCAUUGCGCUAUAUGUUCCACGCUCCUCAUCUCUAUGCAAUUUUAUUGCAUCUCUUUAUCACUCCAUUACACUCUUGAAGUUUAUGGGUCUUAUAAAAGACUUUUUUGGUGGAAAGACUCGUAUGCUGGAGAUGUUAGCAGGGGAGCAGGCCUCUCCAAACCCCUUCCCUUGCUGUUGCUGCUGCUGUCUUCCUCUCUUCAACAUCAACAAGACCAGUGUGGGCUGGAUGAUGGCCGCUGUUCUUCAGCUCUCUGUGGUCAGAACAGUCCUGUUCUUCCUCGCUCUUGUCCUCUGGACUGAUGAGCAAUACGACUAUGGGGAUGUGAAUUCAGUUAAUCUCAACAUGUAUGUCAAUGCCAUCAUUGCCAUAUCGACCUUUCUGUCGUUCUAUGGCUACCUGCUUUUUUAUAAAGCCACAAAAAAGGCUUUGCCUGGAUAUGGUCUUCGUGCCAAGUUUAUUUGCAUCAUUGUCAUCCUGGUCCUUUGUGGACUACAGAGUGGAAUUCUGGAGACCAUGGGUGCGCUGAAUGUCAUCCCCUGCACGCCUCCCUUCUCCGACCUGUUUCGAUCUCAAUUGAUCUACCACUAUUCUAUAAUUGUGGAGAUGUUCUGCAUCAGCCUCUUUGCACAUCACACAUUCCGGAAAGUUGAACCCUGUCAGGAUGAGGGUGAAGAAAUAGAAGUUGAUGUCAUAAGAGCUUUCAAUGAAAAGGCAAUUCAGACAGAAGAUGAGCUGCCAAUUGCUGUGCAGCUCUCCUCUCGAGAAGACGAUCCAUGCUAUUCUAACCCUGGAUACAAUAGUGACAGUGAAGACAGCCUCUGUAAAAUUGAACACGCACCACUGGACCGCUUCCCCUUCCCCAUACAGCACAGAAUGCAAACCGUGGCAAACACUGAAAAAGUGUGUACUAGACCACCUGAGGACUCCACGAGUGUGUACCGGCCGACAAUUACUGUCAGUGCUGAAAUUAACCAUGUUAACAAUGGUGAUGUUACUGUUGUAUAGAAUUUGCAUAGUCUUAUAAUUUAGUUUUUUUCUUUUCCAUUUUAUAUGUCUCUGACUCCACUGGGGCCAGGAAACUAAGGUAUUUAAAAAAAAAAAGUGCAGUGUAAUGAAAUGAAAAUCUCACCAGCAUAACAAGACUAUGUAUAAGACUGUAAUCUCUAUUAUAGUACCUUGAGUUUACCAUUUAAAUGUACGGUACAGUACAAUUUUAUGAAAUGCAGCCUACGCAAUAAAAUUUCCAAUAAUUUAUAAAGGCUAUGUUAAAAAAAGCAAUAUGAACAUAAGUGGUUAAAUUGUGGAUUUACAUUUGAAGCUAUAAAACCUAAAAAACAGGAUAGACUUAAAACUGAAUUGACUUUUUAAAUUUCAUUUGUUUCGUAAAAUUGUAAUAUUUUUGUUCUUCCAAGGUA